CGUCUCCCUUUUUCAGAGCGCUGAAAAAGCGGAAUUUUUUUUGGUUCGGUUUGUGGCAGAAAUCGUAACGCGCGUCAUUCUCAUUAACGUUCUUUGUUCAUCAACUUACGAUUGUUGUGCUUGUUGGCUCACGCGCGUGCAAAGGUCAUUCGUUCUUCCACGUCUGCCCUCCCUCCCUCCGCUUCCCCCGCUCCCCCCCCCUCCCGCAUACUCCCCCCCACACACACACCUUCUGUGUAACUGAGGUUUGAGUAUGCCUGGUACGAUGACUGGUAUGGUGGUUGCUGUCGUGGCACUCGCCUCGCUUCUCCUCGCACCGCACCUUGCCCUCGGUGGCUCGGUCCCGCCGUGGGCAACGUACACCUUUGAUGGCAAAACCAACCGAGGUGACGGAGUCGGUGCGGCUGGGACCAACCUCGCGCGGUACCUUGGUUACCAUUAUCCGGACGGCUCGUCUUCUAUGGAGUUUGCGUCGCGGCCAAAGUGCUGUGACCUCGAGGCGUUUUUCCGUGUCGAAGUCGACCAGCCGUCGCUGGAAGGCCUCAAUGUGGCCACCAUGUCCUUUGGCCAAUUCUCGCUCUCGCACGAUGUGGCCCUCACGCCCGACUCGACCGACCUUCAUCCCAACCCCGAGUCAUGCACCUCGCUCCAUCGCAUGAAGUAUGUGCCGGGCUCGUCGCCGCGGGAGCAUGUCAACGUCGUCACCUCGUUCAUCGACUUGUCCCAGGUCUACGGCUCAGACGAUGCCAAGGCCCUGGCGCUCCGCACUCUCUCGGGCGGCAAGCUCAAGACCGGGCCGGGCAACCUCCCGCCGCGCGGGUGCAAGACCCUUGGCGUCAACAUGGGCAACCCCAUCCAUGGCGUGUCCAACGAGCAGCUCUUUUGCGUCGGCGACACCCGCGGGAACGAGAACAUCAUGCUCCUCGCCUUCCACGCCAUCUUUGUCCGCGAGCACAACCGCCUCGCGGAUGAGCUUGCUGCCGCACACCCGCGGUGGUCCGACGACGAGCUCUUUUCAAGGCCCGCGCCAUCAACAUUGCCCAGUACCAGCAGAUCACCUUCUACGAGUACUCGCGCGCCAUCCUCGGCGACGCCGUCUUUGACCGCCUCAUCGGCCCGUACUCUGGCUACGACCCGGCCAUCCGCCCCGAGGUCUCGGCCGAGUUCUCGCAGGGCUCGUUCCGCUUUACCCACGGCCAGAUCCCCGAAGUUGUCGUCGACAUGACCACCCCGUCGAGCCCGUACCUCCGCUCGCUCUCCGAGUUCUUCUUCAACCCCAAGGAGCUCGCCGGCCGCGGCGUCGACGCCUUUAUGCACGGCAUGUUGCUCUACCCGUCGCAGGAGGUCGACGCCCAGUACGCCAAGACCCUCAUUGACUUUCCGCACCUCCUCGCUCUCGACUGCAUGCGCGUCCGCGACCUCGGCCUCGCCUCGUUUGAGCACGCCCGCGCCCACUACGGCAUCGCCUCGCCGGUCACUGACGUCCCGCGCAAGCUCGCGCUCCUCGACGUCUACGCCUCGUCGUCCGAGGGCACCGACCUCUUCACCGGCGGUCUCGCCGAGGAGCACGAGGUCGGCUCGUCGUUUGGCCCGGUCUUCAAUGCCAUCUAUGCCCAGCAGUUGCUUGCCCUCCGUGACGGCGACCCGUACUGGUUCGAGAACCCGUCGUACGCCCUCCUCUCUGCCGCCGAGCGCACCGCCGCCCGCGCCACAACCCUCGCCCACAUCAUCCGCCGCAACACCGACAUCCCGGCAGACCUCGUCCCCGACAAUGCCUUCAAGAUGCCGUUCUACUCGGCAAACACUGCGUCGUCGGGUGGCGUCGCUACGUCCACCUCGUCGGCUUCGGGCUCGACGUCGUCACCCGCCUCCCAGUCGACCGCAGACGGCCACGUCUACCCCACCGCGCCUGCCGCCUCCAACAACGCCGAGCUCAGGUACCUCCGCGCCCUCACAGGCAUCACCGUCGUCGGCUUCCUCGUCGUCCUCGCCUCGGCCGCUGUCCUCGCCGCCACCGCCUACCGCCUCGUCAACCGGCCCACCGCCGCCCCGGUCGCCUCGACCAAGCGCUCCUCCGGCCUCGCCCGCUCGGUCAAGCCGCCGCGCAAGGAUGCGAACCGCUUUGACGGCGGCGCCUCACUCAUCCACCUCGGCUAUACCGUCUCGCCCGAGCACUCGGCCUCUUACGAGGGUGACGUCUGGAUGUCGCACGUCUCGUCCGACGACCUCUCGUCCUCGCCGCGCGCUCCUGCUGCCGCUGCCGCCGCUGCCAAGCCGCGCGCGUGAGCAAGCAAGUGAGAGUGUGUGCAACGCGUUUCGUAGUUUUUUUACCUUAGCCAGCCAAGGGGGUGGUG